AUGGACUACUCUAGCAAGAUCUUCGCUCAGGACGAUGGCUUUUGGGCCAACUACUCCCGAGGGCGUCCACAGGUCCCGGACGCCUUCUGGGACUGCAUAUUUGGUUACCACCAGAGCAAAGGAGGUGAUUUUGGCACCAUCCACGACGUAGGCGCCGGCAACGGGCCCUAUGCACAGCGACUACGCUCUCGCUUCGCCAGCGUCAUUGUAUCGGACAUUGUCGCCGAAAACAUUAGCCUCGCCCGUCAGCGCCUCAAGGACCAGGACGGAUUUACCUUUCGGACGGCACCGCUGGAAGAUUCCACUGACAUCCCGGCAGGCAGCGUGGACAUGUUGUUUGCGACUAACGUGAUGCAUUUUGCAGAGCCACAACAUGCUGCUAUGACUACCCUUGCACGCCAGCUGCGGCCCGGUGGCACGUUUGUGGCAGCACUAUUUGGUCCUGCGCGCUUUCGGGAUGCAAAGCUCCAGAGUCUUUGGGAACGAGUCAGCCACCAGGGCGGCAGAGAGCUUCUCAAGGUGUCCGACGAUCCAGACCAGAUCGUCAAGGUCAUGGCGCGGACGGAGGGCAGGUACAAUUGCGCACCCCUGGAUGAGCAGCUCUUCCGCGACAGAAUACGCAUUUACGUGAACAUGGAGCAUGGCGGCAUUCAAGGCAUGUUGCCACCGGAAUUCGCACACAAAAACACUGAGCCCGACUACAGUGGGAACGAUACCAAGAGGGGGGAGAAAAUGGGGGGAUGGACAUUUGAGACCAAUCUCGCAGGCGUCAAGGAGCACUUUGACUCGUUUCCGUUCAUUUCCCGGUUUCCAGAUGCUUUCACGGACCUGUACAAGGAGCUGGAUGGGUUACUGGCCGAUGGGAGGACCGCCGAGGGCUAUUUCCCGGUCACCAUAAUCCUGGCGACGAGGAAAUAG